UCCAAACACCAAUUUAGACCGUUAUUUUUUAUAUCAUUACAGUUUACACAGUGAAGAAAAAAUACCAACGGCGGCUUGACCCAUUUCUUAGUUUUACAAAUGGCGACUUGGCAGGCGCGCGAUAUUUGAAUCAUUAAACAUCUCAAGCAAAGAAAUACUGAAAAAAAAUCUCCUUGGCGUUGCUCAAGUUGGUUGUAGGCUAUGGGUCAAUGGGAAAAGUGCACAAGAAACAUGCAUCAUACGUGAAUCUGAUCUCAACAAAAGAAGACGAAAUAAGAAGACAAAGAGAAUCAAUUCUUGCAGAUUUUCGUAAACAUUUCCAAGCAGCACCCGAUGCAGUAAAUAGAAGUGAAGCGAGCACGGCAGGUGUCACAGUUGUGACACACCCACCAGAGUCUGUCACAUUGUGCUACUCAUCAGAUGCUAGUGACUCCAGUAUGGGUAGUCAGGAUGAAAUACUUCAACGUAAACGAAGGAGAAAAACGAAGGCUGAAAGAAACAAAACAAGAUCUAAAUCAGUUUCUAGCAAGAAUGACUCAGACAGUAAAGCUGAUGUAAACAAGCACUUAAAGACUGCUCACAGCAUAUCUUAUCCAUUGCGAUCCAAAGGCCUAAGCCAGAGAGAUGACAGUUUCAAUGUUAUAACACAAGGCAGAUUAACAAAGAGACUUGGACUCUUUAACAAGAGCAAGAAGUCAGAGACAAUAUCGCGAAAACCGAUUGUGCUGACAGAAUCUACAAAGAAGGAAACCGAGGACGACUUGAAGAAGAUAUUAAACAUUCCUCAUGAUGAUAGCUCUGAUGUUCCCAUUGAGGUUGAUGUGCUGACAGUCAGUAAACGCAGUCCAGUAAUGCCCUCUGGCCAUUCAGCAGCAGUUUUAUACCGGCCUGUGGCUAGUAAGAAGAUGACACCAGUCUCCACACUGUUACAGGGGAAGUCUCAUACCAUCAGCUCCAUAUCCACUGGGAUCUCCACAUGUCCCAACUCAAUGGAGCUAGACAAUUUUUCCAAGAUUCUGCCAAUACAUGACAUAGUCCAAGAAUUAUCACAAAAGCUGCAAGACCAUAAGAUAUUCCGAGGAAUUAACACAGUCAGGGAAAUAUGUGAUGAUCUCAACAAACAGAUGAAGCACAAUGCCCUGCGGACUGUGACGCCUUGCUCCACCCGACUGCGGAUGUGUGUAUUGUCAAGUGGAGGCAGUGUUUGCAGAUCACUAGCAGACAGUUUCACCCCUCAGUAUAUAGAGAAUCCUUUCACACCUCACUCAGUGGAAAAGGAAAGAGAUUCUAAAGGCCCAACUUGGGCCAACCAAAACAGAGAAACAUCUUCUCUUGUGUAUGAGAAAGUGGAUGGGUCUGUCCAAAGUCAAGCAACCAUAGCACGACAUCGCCAUCAAGCAGGACACAGCUCUCUACAGGACAUACUAGGUGGUUCUCAUCAAGUCAACCAGCCACCUACAUCGGUCCGAGAUCUGGCCCGCCUAGCUCAGAAUACAAAUCUGAGAUCUCAUUCUGGGAUGUGUGCUUCAGACUCCGCAUCCAUGAAUGCAAUAGACCUUCUCAAACAUAAUGACAGCAUGUGCUUGAAGCGGGAAAUCAGCUGUACCAUACCCAACCCGAACCAGAUCAAACAGCAACCGUUGACUGCUUUAAAUCUUCUAGCACAAAAUGAUACUUUUAUGGAAUCUAGAAACCAGGACAGCUUCUCAAGUCUCUCAAACAAAGACAAAUAUGACGUAGUGAUGGCUGAUGUGUUGCCCGACAGAGAUGCAUUGAGUCAGAAUUCAAAUUCUCAGUCAUCAGGUUUCCAUAGCCACUCCAGUGAGAAGAUUAUGCCGUCACGAAGACAUCCAAUUUUUGAGCAGUUGCUGAAAGGACUGGAGCCCUCCCACACAGAGGUUCCAAGACACAGCCCACUAGACACUAUAGAUUCUUCAGUUCUGGAGAAUAGAUGUAGCCAUGGUGAAAUGCAUAUGGCUGUUGUUGCUGAGUAUCGAGAGGAGCCCAAGUACAUGCCUCAGUUCCAUGGCGACUUCUACAAGGACUCUCUGUGGUUUGAGAAGACCAUCUUGUCAAGUAUAGAUCAAGGAUCAGAUCGAAGACUUCAAGCAGACAUCAUGGAAACUGAUGCUCAUUCCAUGGACAUCCUGGAGUACCUUGACCGAGGCAACCAGGACUCACCAUCCACCUUUCCCCACAGCAGUCAGUCCAAUAGAACCGACUGGUCAAACACUGCUGACCCAUAUGCUCUGCCCAAACCCAUGUCACCAGAUUCACCUCAGAUGUUUCCCAGAAGACUAUACUAAUUGUGUUGUCACAAAACUGACAAGAAUCCCAUUCUCCACUUACCAAUAUGUUCAACAAUCACAAUCUUCACACCUUGAUGUUUUCAAGGAAUGGUCACUACAGCAGAUAUCCUCACUGUACUGAGUUCAAUAUUGCCUAUACUGACAACCUCUCAAGUGAUUGCCACCCAAACAAUGCCAGUGUUUAACACAUACGCUUGUCCACGGGACAAAAUACCAGUAAACAUUAGUCAUUUCCCUGUUUUUUUCUGUAACACUGCUCCUGUACAUGGCAAAGAGAUAUUUGUCAAAUCCCUGGGCCGUGUUGCUAUCUGAGUCUGCCUGACUGGUGUAUGGAGUGUGAGCAACCUUGCUGUGUUGUCAUGCAACAGUCUAGGGUUUUUAUAACUGGACCAAGCCUGCUAACACUUACUCAUACAACCACUGUUUCGUGGAGCAUGUGUCACCUGAGCCACUUACCAGUACCUGCGUAUCUUCACUUGGUAUUAUGUAUGAAGACAAGAGUUGUUGCCAUGGAGAGUGUUAGAAUAUUCCAUAGUGAUAGCUUGUGAUUGACGCCUUUAUUUAUAGAUGUAUUGCGUUACAUGCUUUCUGUAUUAAUUAUUUUUUCUGUUUUACUUGAAUGGAAAUUCUGAAUUCUGAAUAUUUAUGAAAUGAUAUAUCACAUGUAUAAUGAAUUGUUCAUUUAAUAUGUACAUACUAGUCAUUUUCAGUUUUUUUAUUUACAAAUGAAAGGCACCUGUGAUAAAUGCUGCAAUGGACUGUGUUUAAUGACAUGUAUGACAACAAUUUUACAAAAUUAUAUGAUGGCAGUUUUGGGGUGAAAAAUGAGUUUGUGUCACAAUUCAUCACAGAACUGAUUCAUCAUGAUAGAUGUGACUAUAAUACAGGAUCAUUGUGGGUUGCAUAGCAACAACUUGCCAAGGGUCCUGUAAGACCCCUGUUCUUAUUCCAUGAUUCUAACCAUAUAUUGCAGAGACACAUUAAUAUUUGGGCUAAAAGCAGAAUGCCAUAUUUCUGCUUAGCAAGUAAUCUGUCACUGUGCCCAAUUGAAUCAGAUCAAUGGAGUUUAUUUGCUUUAGUCAAGACCAAGAGAAAAACUACAUUGGGACAAACAAUAAGAGCUAUCCUCAAGUGUUCAAGUAUUACUACUAAAAUAAGAGGGUCAUUGUGAUUAGCUUUAGCCAAUAGUCAGAAGAAAAUGUCUAGUAAAAUUCUGUUUGGUAUGGUAAGCUCAGAUAAUAGAACUCCACGUAAUAACACUAACAUCUACUGAAAAUGAUUUUCAGUGUCAUGUUCAGGAAAGCAGACUUAAAGGUUUUGGCACAAGAGGAGUUGCAGAGCAACAACUUGUCAAAAGUGUUUGGGUUAUGUUCUAUAAGUAAAUGCCUAUGAAUGUUUCUAGCAACACAAUUGCUGAGACACACUAAUAGUUAGGCUAAAUAACAAGUAUUUGGAGGUGGUGGUGGAGAACUGUGGGAUAAUUAUUGUUUCAUAACUUUUUGAAGAUUUAAUUGUAAGAUAACAAUUGAGGUCACUAAGGUCUAAGGUUAAUUUCACAUCUGUAUUGACAGACAUAAUGAUGAAGCUGUGAUCCUAAAAUGUAUAUCAUGUCAUAUUACAUGAAACGAUGGCAGAUCAUAUGCCAAAUGAGUGUCUGUGAUAAUUGAUAUAUUGUUGUUAAAGCCUGUUAAUGUUCAACUUGAAGUACAGAUCUCUCUACACUU